UCUAUGAUGUUGUAAGAAGCCUAAUCAGGAAAAUGUUUACUCUUGCGUAGGGUAUAAUUUUGUUGUAUUUUCUAAGUUAUUUGUGGUAUUAUGAGGUUAUUUUUGAGAAUUGUGAGUAUUAAGCAUCUGUGACAACAAAGUAGCCUAAAUCAAAAUGGUGUUGAUACUCUAAACUCCAUGUCAUUGUUCUCUGUGGCAAUAAUGAGUACAGUAAGGGGUCCAGAUAACAAAUGUGAUACGUUCUUGAAUCUUGAAAGUUGAACCUUAAAUCUUCUCCGGUAUCCAGUGCGUCGUGACUGGGAGUUUGGGCUGGUGCUGUGCAAGCUGCUCUUCUACCUCUGCUGUGCCAACAUGUACGCCUCCAUCAUGCUCAUCACCCUCAUGAGCCUGCACAGACUAGUGUCGAUCACCCAGCCCCAGAGUGUGUGGGCCAGGGCCAGCAGGGGCACUGUGCUGAAGCUGCUGCUGGGCGUGUGGCUCCUGGUGAUGGCGUUGUCCGUGCCCGUGCUCGUCUAUCGGGACGUGGUGCCCCAAAACGAGGGGAGGCGCUUGUGUAUGCCGGUGCACAGCAGACCAGGAGAUACUGUACUACAGUACACCAUGGAAACGAUAUUGGGCUUCGUGCUGCCGUACAGCGUCAUCGUGGGCAGCUACGUGGGUAUCCUUCGCCGCAUACGCCAGACGCGCUUCCGCCGCCGCAUCCGCAGCGAGAAGCUCAUCCUGGCCAUUGUCAUCACCUUCUGCAUCUUCUGGCUACCCUAUCAUCUCAUCAACAUGGUGCAGGUGGCUGCAGCCCUAUCUCCUGACAAAUCUGCUCUCAAAAAGAGGCUAGACCUCUUGUGGAUGUCGGGCCGCACCAUCACCUCAUCUCUGGCCUUCAUCAGCAGCAGUGUCAACCCGCUGCUUUACACCUUCGCCGGCAAGUCCUACAUGCGUCGCGAGGGCCUCAGCUUCAUGGCGCGCCUCUUCGAGGCCACGGGGCGACUGGACUACUCCAGGAAGAGCCGGCAGAACAGCCGCGAGAGCCAGGACCGGAAGGGCGGAGGAAAGGGCAAGGCGGCUGGAGGCGUGGAGACGGAAGUGGACGACGCGGAGGAAGGCACGGAGCUGAGGGAGUCGGAGUCCACCACCAGCGCCCACGCCUGCACGCACAACCGCGUGGACCGGCAGGAGAGCAACGGGAAAUAAUAAACGCGCCUUAGAGAUUACAAGAAGUGGGACUUGCUAUGGCAAGCCCACUUAAUGAUAAUAAGGAGACUAACGCACGGGGGGAAAGGUGGACAGCCAUUUUUUGCCAGUGGUAGUAGUGCUGUGUGUUCACUCGAGAACAACGGGAGAUGGUACCCCUGGCACUCGGCUCAGUAGGGCUGGGAAGAGUUCUGGAACCUCCAUUUGGAACUCCUUCUGGAACCUUCUGGAUUUGUUGUGCAACCUGUUCCCCUUCCCCCGAUAAUGUAUUUGGGCCCUUUGUAACUUCACUAAACUCUUACCCCCUUGCUCCUCAUGAACUACUAGGAAGCCACAUGAGUUACAGCACUGUUGUAAAAUUGAGCAGCUGUGUGGGCGGAUAGGAGAGCAACAUCACCAAGGGUGUUGCUGAGCUGGGCAAGGUCAUUUUGCGUAAGGGGGUAGCCAUUUUGUUCAAGCUUUUUAUUGACACCAGAUCAAUGGAAAAACAUACUGACCCACUGAAUGACCUGUACCCCUCUUCAGCUCAUCAUGGCAUUGGCAGGGGGCAUUUUCAUAAGAGAUGAUGGUGACCCACGUUUAUAUUGUGAGUAGUUCAGGAUAAUUGAAAAUUGAUCUGGCGAGCAUUGGAAAGGAACCUGCAAGACCUGGAAUCUGCAGAGAGGAGAGCAACGGAAAUAAUGGCCCAGUAAAGGACCUCUUCUCUCUUCACCUCAGCAUGGGUGAUGGGUAGGAAAAGGUGCUUGACCUGCUGAUAUCGGAUUGUAUGAAAAAAAUAUUCAACCUGAGUGCGGAAAAACGGAAAUGACUCAAUUCUCCUUCUAAAAUUCUUCCAAGGAACUUGGUCGAUGAAAUUCUGGGCCUCCUGAAAGAAAGAAAAAACUAUUGCCUAUGCCAAGAUAGUUUGUGGUAGGUGUAUGCCUACUGUGCUAGAACAUCAGUUCUAGACUACAUGCAGUUGUGUGUCAUUAAAAUAUUACUGACAUAGCAUUUCUUGAACUU